UGUCGGUACUAAUCCAUUUGAAUUUACUCAGUAAUCCACAUAUCAAACUAGAACACAGUUUCCUUUUUUUGCCAUUCAUCAUGUUCCACAUGAAGAACAAUGGCAGUGCCUUGUUGAGGGAAAGCGACACAACUUUCAAUAAUUUUCCUCUUGGUUUGAGCGUUUUGAUUGUGGAUCAUGAUCAGCAAAGUCUGCAAGAAAUGGAGGCAAACCUUCGGAGAUGUGGAUAUGAAGGUCACUUCUUAUUCCUUUCUUUUUUUAUUGAGUUUAUACUGCAGGUCUCGAAUGGCCGCGAGUUAUCAUGUUAAGGGAUUGAGUUGAAGCGAUAUCACAAGGGCCACCAUCAAAUCGGAUUGAGUUGAAGCGUUAUCGCAAGAUCGUCGGCACAGCCACGUUUUUGUUAGGAGAAGACAGAAGAAGAAAAGAUUGUUAAAUCAUGGAUCCAGAUAUCUGGAAAUGGAAAUUGUAUCGUGGAAUGCGAAGAUUGUUAAUCAAGUUACUAAAUGCAUUCGAGUGGAGGAUGCUUCAACUCUGCUAAGGAUGGAGGGAAGCGUAUUUCAUAUUAUUAUAAUUGAAAAAUGCUUGCUUGGUGUGAAUGAAUUUGAACUUCUUCGAAUUGGUAGAGAGAUGGAUUUGCCUGUUAUUGCGACAUCGGAGGAUGCUCAACCAAACAUUGUUCAAUGGAGUUUGGAAAAUGGCGCCUGUGAUUAUCUGCUGAAGCCUAUCCCGAUGAAUGUUCUUAAGAUGGUGUGGAAAUAUAUGUUUUUCAAGAAAGACAAUAAUGUGUCCAGAGUGAAAAAUCAGCGGUUGUCUUGGACACCAGACUCUCAUGAAAAGUUUGUAGAAAGUGUGCGAAAACUGGGGGGCGCUGAUGAUGCGACUCCCAAUAAAAUUUUGCAACUCUUGCAAAGUAACUUUAAGGGUUUCGAAGAUGUUGAUAGGGAAAAGAUUUCCAGCCAUCUUCAGAAAUACCGUGAUAGCCUUUAAAAAGAGGAUCAGCCACCAAUGACCACGGUUGCAAAUGAGCCAGAUAUAUUAUCACAACAGCAACAAGAUCCAGCAGCAAAGAACACUCAAGGCUUUCAGAGUGUAACAUUGCCUUUUGAAACCAACGUACCAACCAUUGGAGGUAGUACUAGUUGUGGAAACCAAAGCAACGUUUGGAUGACCCAGAUGGAUGCAUCUUCAAGUGAACAGUGCGGAAUGAAUCCACUGGAGGUCAGCCUUUUGACUGGGAAAGCGUUCUCAAUGUCCCAGAUGAGCUUUCCAGCCUUGAAACUUUUCUGGUAGGUACAUCUGGAGGUCCUGAUUUGUACUACAAUAAUGCUCCUCUUCUGGGUCCUUUUCAUACUGAUCAUGGAGAACAUGGUUGUUCCCAGGAUGGAAUAGCUGAAAAUUUUAAUGGGGAUGUUAGUGCUUGUGAACAUUUUAACAACCUCUGAUGCCGGUACGUAACAUGAUCCCAUUCAUGGUUGCUGUUUGCUGGAUUAUCUGAGUCUGAAGUCUCACUCUCGUGGCGUCAUCCCAAAUCCAAGAAAAAUGCUUCUCUGUUGGAUGCGUCUUUGUUCUCUUUGAUUCUACCUGUUUUCCUAAAAGUGUAGUUUUUUUGUUUUCAACUCAGGAUUUCAGUCCUCGUUUGCUUUAAAUUCCGUCUGUCUGUUUGUUUAAAUAAGUGCAAUCUUCCAAGUGCUACGGUUUGUAACAAAUUCAGGAUUUCAACCCAAAUUCACGUGUGCAACCUGGUAUGUGUAACAGUUUCUACCCUUUCCUAAAGGGCAGACUUUAUAUCACUUCACUACAGCUAUGAAGUUUAAAAUCGCUAUUUAAGUCGAUUAUCUCAAAUGAGGUUUCGAAAUUUCAAAGUUAA